AUGCCGCGCAUCCGCCUGCCAGGCAGUGCAGGGCCAUCCAGUCCACUCCUCCCCCACGACCAGGACGUGUACGACCGCCCACGCCCACCCCGCAGGCGCCGCGCCCUCGUCUGCGCCCUCGUCCCUCUCGCCACCCUCCUCGCCUUCGCCCUCGCCCACCACCCCUCGGUACCCGCCGCACUCGAGCCCUACACCGACCGCAUCCCCGACCUGCACGUCUGGCGCCACCUCGCUCCUCCAGCCGACGACCACCUCGCACCACCGCCGGCACCUCCGCUCAGUGACGACGACCUCAUCGAGCACGAGCAGGACGAGCGGCUGCCGGCUAUCGCCUGGAGCAAGGAGGACCGGCACCUGCGGCGGUACAGCUGGGCGACCCCCAAGAUCCACAGCAGCCUCGCCCGCAUGCUCAAAGACCUGUCGCCGGCGCAGAACACGACCCGACAGUGGCUCCUCAAGAGCCGCACGGCGAGCCAGGGCGGCGUCGGCAUCGGGCUCGGCGGCGACGACCCGCCGAGGCGCAUCAAGCCUGCUUCUGCAUUGCCGUCGCACUCGUUUGCGCCGGCCGAAGGAGAAGGCCCGGGUCUGUUCGUCGAUGGCUCUUACGACAAGUACGAGGACCUCCUGCACGAGUGGCGCACCGGCCGACCUGUCGAGGCGUGCGAGCAGGGCGCCUGGGAGGACGAGUACACCAAGAUGCACGCCGACAUGCUCGCCGGCGACCAAGAGCCGAGCCUGCUCGAGUUUGUCUGCCGCGCAGGCGAGUACUGCGGCGGGUUCGCCGACCGCAUCCUCGGCAUGACGACGACCUUCCUGUACAGCAUCCUCACCAGGCGCGCCUUUGCCGUCUCGUGGGAGCAGCCCGCACCCGUCGACCUCUUCUUCGACUCGCCCCACAUCGACUGGUCGAGGCCGUUCAACGCGUCGUCGUCGACGCCGAGCGCGCACCCGGCCGUGUACGCCAACAAGACGCUCGCCAAGAAGCGGCGCGAGGUCGACGCGCACAAUUGGGAGCCCGAGCACAUCGACCAGUGGAUGCCGAGGUUCGUGCGCAACUAUGGCGGCAACAAGAAGUCGCCCUGGAUCCAGCUCGACUUCAACCGCGGCGUCGUCAUCCGCUCGUGGACGUACAAGCAGGUGGCGCCGCUCCUCGACGACCUGGGCCUUAAGGCGACGACGGCCUACUCGUGCCUCAUCAACUACCUCUUGCGGCCCAAGCCCGCCGCGCUCGCCUUUAUCGCCCAGUACACGAGCCUGUUUGCGCUCCCCGAGAACUUUGUCAUCGGCAUCCAGAUCCGCACGGGCGACCUGUCGAUGUGGGCCGACUACAAGGACGCCGUCAACUCGGUGUCGCUCCACCCGCAGUACUUUACGUGCGCCGAGGCCGUCGCGCGCACGUACGCGCAUCCGUCGCAGAAGGUCCUGUACUACCUCAUUACCGACUCGCACGCGCUCGAGCGCGACGCGCUCCGGCGGUUCGGCGACAAGGUCGUCGUGACGGGCCUCAAGCAGGCGCACGUCGAGAUCAAGACGGACUCGAGCACUGGGCUCGUCAGCAUCAAGCGGGCGGCAGAUGGGUUCAUGAGGACGAUCGCCGAGAGCUGGAUCUUUGCCGGGACCGACUUCCAGAUCUUGACGUCGCGCAGCGGGUUCGGCAAGAUUCCAACCUGGCUCCGCGGUCGAGAAGGCUCGACCAUCGCCCUCUUCAACGAGUUCACCGACCCCGACUUUACGCUCCAGUACAAGAAGGCCAACCGCGGCAAGCUACCGCCGCCGAUCGACUGCUCGACGCCAGAGGCCUUGAUCGACUUCAAGGGCCUCGCGCAGGACUGGUCGCUCGGCUAG